AUGAGCAGCAUGGAGUCGCCGGAACGUGAGCAGUCUCCGCCUGAACCCGAGAAGCCUGUCAACUCCAUCGAGGAUGAUGGCGCCAUCUCCGAGGACCUGUGGAGGGCCAUGACGGAUGUGCUCAUGGGAGUCUAUGAUUUUCGCGAGCAGGAUGGUCACGAUCCAUCGCGGCUGUUCCACCGCAGUGUCAACAAGCGCCUUGUCCCCGACUACUACGACAUUAUCAAGGAGCCAAUGGCGCUGAGCAUCAUCAAGCAGAGAAUCAACAAACGCGAAUACAAGCAAAUCGCGGAUUUCGUGCGAGACUUUGCCCUGAUCCCCCACAAUGCGCAAACUUAUAAUCGACCCAAAUCGCAAGCCUACGAGGAUGCGCUAGUCAUCAAGGAUGUAAUCGUCUCGGAGUUGAAGAAGCUUGUUGAGAAGGACUUGAUCGGCGCCGAGGAAGCUGAGUUGCCGGAUCUUGGUGAAAUACCGGAGGCAGACCCCCUACCCGAUGACGAGGAAGAAGACGAGGAAGAAGAGGAGGACGAAGAGGAUGAUUCUGACGACGAACGCCGGAAGAAGAAGCCGGGGCCGAAGCCUGGCUCCAAGCGUGGAAACCAAAAACAGGAGCCUGAUCCUCGAAAGAAACGCGGAAGGCCCCCACGGGUGGAUACUCCCAUGGAAACUCGGAUCAAGACCAUUCUCAAGGGGAUCCGCAAGUUCAAAGGCCCUGGUGGCCAUUUGAAAAUCGUCCACUUUGAACGGCUUCCAGACAAGAUCGCCUACCCAGACUAUUACAUGGAAAUCAAGGAGCCGAUUGCCAUUGAUAUCAUUAAGCGCAAGGCCAAGCGCAAGAAGUACAACUCGGUUGAUCACUUCAUGCGGGAUCUAGAUCUCAUGUUCAACAACGCCAAGGCCUACAACCAAUCGGAGAGCCAAAUUUACAAAGACGCCGUCGACCUGCAGAGCGAGGCGCGGAAAUUGGCCGAACAGGAGAAGAAGAAGCCUGACAGCGAGUAUCUGAUGGAAGACGGGCGCUUUCCUCUGCCCGAUGGGAUUCUGUACCGCAAUGAGCUGUGGAAGGUCGGAGACUGGGUUCACAUCCAAAAUCCCAACGAUGUCUCCAAACCAAUUGUCGCCCAGAUCUAUCGGACCUGGCAGGAUUCAGAGGAUCAGAAAUGGAUCAACGCAUGCUGGUAUUAUCGGCCCGAGCAGACCGUCCAUCAUUACGAGAAGCACUUCUACCCCAACGAGGUCGUGAAGACGGGCCAAUACCGCGAUCAUCGCGUCGAAGAAAUCGUCGAUCGUUGCUUCGUCAUGUUCUUCACCCGCUACAGCCGAGGCCGUCCCCGCGAUCUUCCGCCAGACAAGGACAUCUAUGUCUGCGAAGCUCGAUACAACGAGGAGAAGCACAAGCUCAACAAGAUCAAGACGUGGGCCAGCUGCUUGCCGGACGAGGUGCGUGAGAAGGACUAUGAAAUGGAUCUUUUCGAUGUGCCACGCAAGAUCAAAAAGGUUCCUAGCCCAAUCAAGCAUCUUCUCAAGGACGAUGCGAAGGAGACCGACGAUCUUCCUCGGCCGACUUGGGGUGCAGAUAAUGCGCCACCGGUCGUGGGCGCGGUGCACCGUCGCCCACGAGAUGAGAAUGAAUCUCCUCCUCCUGAACCAACUCCUUCCCCGCCCCCUCCCACUAUGCCACCGCAGGCCCUGCCAGCAACAACCCCGCGUCAGUCCAUGAGCCAACCGAUCGCAAAUCCCGGUCUGAGCACCGCCGGCAAUGUGGCAGCCCCCCAGCUCCAGGCUCCAUCUCCCGCGGUUCCCGUGGCGCAGACCUCGCCAGCACCUGUUUCCCAACCGCCAUACCAGGCUGCUCAAAUGAACCCGCAAAUGUACCAGGGUCCCAACCAGCGGCGCCCCAGCAACUUUGUGCCGCAGACCCCAACUGCCAGCUACCAGGCCUCACCGGCAGCUCCCUCAUAUUCGGCGGCACAGCCAUCGCCAUAUGGCAACUACCCCCCAAACCGGCUGCACCCGACAACGGCACCAUUGUACAACCCCAACGCGCCGCGUCCCAUCGAAGUGUACCAUCUCAACGAAGCAGCCAACAGCGCCAUUCCCGCCGAUAUCCGGUCGCAGUUCCACUGCGACGCCCAGGGCCAUGUGCUCUUUUUCUCGGUGCCACCGCUGGACCUAAUUCCACCGGCAGAGCAGAAGCUGGGCCACUCGCUCAAGUAUCUCGCGUCCAAGGACGAGCGGCAGAAGAAGGUCGCGGAGCGGAAGCGCAAACGAGCCGAAGAACAGCGGGAGCGUGAAGCAGCAGCCAAACGCAAGCGUGCCGACGAAGAGACCGCCCUAGCUGCCUGGAUCGAGGCGCUGGCCCCGAAAGCAAUCGAGCGAAUGGUGCAACGAGUCAUCUCUGGCACGGACCAGCUGUACGAGGCAAUCUACCACGACCAAGCGGACAGCGCGCGGGCAGCGGACGCCCAGGUGCGCGAAAGCCGAGUCCAGGCUGACCGUGCGGCCCGCCAGCAGAUCGCCCAGAUCCAGGCGCAGACCAGGAACGAGGGCUUUGUGAGUCUCAAGGGAAGUGCGGUGUACCUGGAGGACAUCUAA